AUGUCCACCCCUGAGACCGAGGCCGCUUCCUAUAUGAUGGGCUAUUCUUCUCCUGAAGCCGAACGUCUCGACUCACAACAUAUCCUCAUGCGCCACAUGAACGCAAAUCGCUUGCUCUCCCCGCAACUCCACUCCGCAGUUAGAGCUGGGAAGAUCAAAAAGAUCCUAGACAUCGGUACAGGCACCGGAAUUUGGCCAUAUGACACCACCAGCGAGAUGAAAACACUUGGUGCAUCAGGCCCAUUGAGAUUUGUUGGAACGGACGUCGCCCAAAGCGUGCAUUGGGUGCGACAUCAGAUUUUCGAUUCAAAUAUAUACGCAACCAUCACGUUCGACAUCAUAGAUCUUAAUGACGAGGAUAGCAUGAUGGGACUUCGAGAUAAAUACGGACCGUUCGAUCUGGUCCACUCGCGGCUCCUAUUCAGCUCGAUCAAGGAUGGCAAAUGGCCUGCAUACUUAGCCAGGAUCUUCAGGCUCUUGCGCCCUGGCGGCUACGUACAGCUGGUCGAGAACGACAUAGUCAAUGCUGCAGCGUGUAUGAACAACCAGAUAGCGGCAGAGAGCCUGGUGAUUGCAUACGGGAUAUACAGAGGCUUGGGACUGCAAGUUGACAUCGCAGCACACCUGGCAAAGCUCCAACUUCAUGCCGGAUUUGUGGAUAUCUCCGACGAGCUCCGCCUGGUUACAACGUGCCAUCGCAAGUCAGACGGCAAUAUCGUGGUAGACAAUGUGGCUCAUGAGUGGAUUGUGAGCGCAUUUCAAACGCUUAAGCCUCUGUUUCGGAAGUUUCGAACUGCACCAAAUUAUGCGGAGUUGAUCUCCAAUAUGCCACCACAAGUCUAUGACAACGCACCUGAGAGUAGACCCGAAUUGCUUUUAGCGGAUGAAGAUGCCUAUAGUGAUUUUCAGGAACGACAUGAGGAGAUCAGCAGGACUGAUCCCUUGUAUCAAUUGUCUUUUCGGAUUGUCGUUGGAAAGAAGCCAGAGUGA